AUGACGACGAACCGUGUCAAAUUGAAGCGCCUUUACAGUGAACACAACGAACACAAUGAACACAAUGAACACAACGAGCACAUAAUCGAUGUACUAAAUCCCCCCCUGGGAAAACUUCACAAAAAGGACGCGAAAAUUUGCAGGAAGAAUAAAUUACUUGUAUUGUCCAAAGGAUUGAACAUAAAAAACGUAAAUAAAUUGGAGGAAUAUUACGAAGCGGAAGAAGUGGCAAUAAAACCGACGAGUCGCUUGAAAAGAAAAGUAAUUACUGACAGUAGCUCCGAGGAGGAAAACGUAAUAGACCAUGCAUUUAAUGAAGGUCAUGUGAGUGAUGCAAGGGGCAUGCAAGAGGAAAGUGUAGCUUCUAAUCAGUGCGCCUCCUAUACAAAGACGAAAUGGUCCUCGACAGGUGGAGAGAACAAAUUUAAUGAGCGCCCUUGGAGAAUUCGCACCAGGGGAAAAUAUGAACGCAGUAAAGUAAUCGAUACCACGGAUGAGAGUAAACUCAGCUACGAGUUAAGUAACUCGGAUGAUGAAGGCAGGGGCAUGGCAACUUCUAUCAUCCUUAGGGGUGGCAAUGAAUUGGAUGGAAGUACCUUGAAGAAGAAGCAAGGGGAGGUGUUCAGUCUAUGCUCAGAAAGGGGAAUGGGCAACGCUGACGAAGAGGAUGAUGAGCGCAAACAAAAUGUGAAAAAUGAAAAGGGAAGAUCUACCAGCCCGGUUACGAAGUCGCAAUUGUGGGAAGGUAGAAACUUCGGAAGAGGUAAAAGUAGAAAUAUCCUACACGAGGAUGACAGCUUGGAGGAGAAUCAGUGCGUCGGGAGUUCCGGCACAUCUAAUGAGGGCGAUGAUGAUGUAAAAGAUAAUAGUAGCUACGAAGACGGGAAGAAACAACGAGACAAGAGGAAGGAAGCCCUGUCGAAACUCAAAAUGAGAAACAAAAAUUCCGUUUCGAAGGAUGAAGAAAGUUUUUACGAAGAAAACACCAAUGAGGAUAACUCGUACGAUAAUUACGAUAACUCCAGUUUUUACGUAGAUGACGAUGUGAACUCAGCCGCUGAAACGAACAUAUCGUAUGAAAGCGGACACGAAAGCCUCAACCAUUUUGACGAAUAUGCUUUACACUUAAAAAUUCUUAAUGAGCAAAAUUUGGGAGAUGAUUUGAUUCAGUUCAAUUCUAUAAGUGUGAAGAAAUCAAUCAGACUGUACAUUGAAUUUACGGCUCUGUCUUUGUUGUCACCUAGUUUAAAAUAUGAUGCCAAAUAUUUCAAGGCAUCCGAAAAUGUGAAAAGCGUCGAACAGUCUCUGAAGGUGAUGUACUCAAGUAUUCACAAAGAAUUCCAGAAGAAGAAUUCCCUGGGUGAGUGCUACAAUUGCGAUGAUGAGAAUGGUUCAGAAUUGGAAAGGAGAAAGGAGAAAAAGAGGAAAAAAAAAAAAAAAAAAAAUCUGAAAAGAUUAUGUGAAAAGAUUAGCGAUAGUGGUAGCGAAGGCUGUGCAGAGGAAGAGGAGGGUAAUGAGAAAGAUGGCCAUGUAAAGAACGACGCGCCGAACUUCUUGGACAGCAGCAACAGGGUUAAGCAGGAAAUGAAAAAGAAAAAAAAAAAAUAUGUUCUAAGCGACAGCAGCAGUUGUUCGGCUGAUGGGAAAGUCAGCAGUGACGCCGAUGGGGAGGAGUACGAUGGGGAGGAUGAUGGGGAGGAUGAUGGGGAGGAUGAUGGGGAGGACGAUGGGGAAUAUGAUGAGGAGGACGAUGGGGAAGACGAAGAAGGUGAUGACGACUACGACUUCGAAUACGGACGGAAGGCGAAGAAGAAGGUGGCGGAGCAAAUGAGCGACAGCGUCAUGUACAAGCUGCUGAACAGAGACAUGGUGAAAAUAUACGAGUUCGUAAAGAAGGAAGAAAAAUUUAGCAAUUAUGAUUUUCUGAAGAUGAUUUGCAAAACCAGUAAAAACAGACCGAGCAAUUAUUAUGAUCGGUGUGUGCAAAAGAUUGAGAAGAAAAUUUUGUCCAAAAGAGACCAGUUUGAAUCCCAUCCAUUUGAAAAAAAUUUUAAAAAUAUUUUAAAAAAUUACGCAAAUAUAUUUACAUACUAUUUGGAAUACAACAAAAUUCAUUGUUGCUGUUGUAACAGAAAAUUAAGUUAUGCUUGUCCCGUUUUUUUCACUCAACCUUUUUAUAAUUCCUCCGACUUAUGGGAAAAUAGCUUUUUUAAUUUUAUGAAGGUAAAUCAUUUUGAAUGGCUAGGAAAUGAGCAUUUCUUGACUUUUAAAAACCCGCUGGACAAAUUAAGUAUGAGAAAUGAAGAUGAAUUCAAAAUGAAAAAUAUUAAACAGUCGAAUAGGCUAUUUAUAAAAAAUCAAAACGAAAAGGAAAAAAAAAAUUUACUCAUACACAUUAAUAUGAACCAUGUGGAUAAUCACCCCGUUGCGAAUAACGACGAACGUAUCAUUAAUAGCUUGAAGCAGAGUGAACAAAUGUAUGCCUUCAAAUAUACUGGGAAUUUUGAUGAAAAACCGUUGAAGAAAAAAAGGAAAACUUUUAAUUUUAAUUUCGAGCAUCAAUUUAAGGCCACAGAAUGUAAGGAAAAUAAUUUGAAUAUCAUUAUGAAAGAUAUAUGUGAAAAUUUUAGCGAUCUUUCGGAGAAUUAUAUUGAGAAAGACAUCCUGGUUUUGCAGCUCGGAUCAUACUGCGUUUCCGCUGUGUACUAUUGGCAUGUGUUUCACCACUACAAAUUUUUUUUCACUAAAUUUAUUUACUUGCGUUUGCUAGACUUGUAUAAGAAGAGCAAGGAUUUGUUCCGCGAGCCGCUGCUCCUCGCCUACGUUCUGUCCAAGCGCCUGAACAAGGAUCUGUACCGCGACUUUCUACUUCUCAUGAAUAUUGACAUUUCGCAGAUUCAGCGUAAGCUCCAUGAGUGCGACAUGUUUGUGCGCUGA